AUGGUCCGGUCAACACUGUGGCCAUUAUUGUCCCUCUUGGUGGUUUUUUUAACGUGGGUAACUUGUAUAAGCGCUAAUGAAGAAACUUUGGAUAAUGAUGUGCCAAGAUGUUCGGGAAUGUAUGAAAAAUCAGCAAUUCCUGGAGGGAAGGAACCUGUUGUUACAUUAAAAUGGAGAUCAGAUUCAAAAAGUAAUGCCGCGGUAGUUAUACUUGAAUGGCAAGAUAUCGUUAAAUUAGGCCAUGAAGAUAAAAUCGAACAGAAGAAAAUUUACAUUUGCGAUGAUGCUGCCAUUAAAAAUGAAUAUUGUCCCGAGUCUCAACGAAAUAAUUUCAUUGUACCCGAAAAUGAUACGUCCAUUGUCACUCACUUAUUUAAUGCUUCUUCAAAGGAGACAUUAAAAACAAUUCAUUACCCCAUUGAAAAGACAGGAUAUUAUUGUGCUGUCGCAUUUCCUAUACCAUCUAAUAAUGAAGAAUAUGAAUACUAUGUUACUAUUGAUUGGCGAAAUCCUUAUGGAGAAUUACCCGCCGCAGAGUAUCCAAAAUUACCUUUCUAUGGACUUUUGUCAUUAGUUUAUUUGGCGAUCGGUAUCGUUUGGAUGACUUUAAGCAUAAUGUAUUGGCGCGAAAUUUUACCUGUUCAGAAUUAUAUAUCUGGAGUCGUCUUGUUUCUAAUGUUGGAAAUGGCUUUCAAUUGGGGAUAUUGGGAGAAUUAUAAUACGUACGGACGUUCAUCCACGUUCCUCAUUAUUUUGGUCGCUGUUCUUAAUGCUGGAAGAAAUUCUAUUUCAUUCUUUAUGCUUUUGAUUGUGUGCAUGGGCUAUGGUGUUGUCAAACCUACACUUGGAAACACAAUGAAUAAAUGUCGUGCUUUAGCCGCAACACAUUUCUUGUUUGGCAUAAUUUAUGCAUCGGGCACAAUGCUUUUGGACCCUGAUGCUGCUAGCCCUCUCGUUCUCUUAGUGAUUUUCCCUCUUGCUUUGACGAUGACAAUAUUCUAUAUUUGGACACUUCAAUCGAUAACCAUCACACUUCAAACACUUGAAAUUCGUAAACAAAGCGUGAAAGCUUUAAUGUAUAAGCGUCUGUAUCGGCUGCUUGUAUUUUCGGUCACAGUUCUUGGAGUUUUCUUUUUCAUAAAUAUGUUCAAUUACCUUCAUCGAGAAGAUCCUGGAUGGAUAUCUACAUAUUGGCUUUGGAGAUGGUUUCUUUUGGAUGGAUGGUUGAAUAUAUUAUAUUUGAUAGUAUUUUGUGUCAUACUCGUAAUUUGGAGACCUACGAAAAACAACAAGAGAUAUCCUUUGGAUUGA